AUGCCUCCGAAGAAGCGGACCUCAGGAGGCGAUCCGAAGGCCAAAUCGGGUAAAAAGCCGAAGGCGGGUGAUGGUCUUGCUCCUCUUCCACCAGAUUCACUGGCCAUGCCGCAUAUGAAGAUUUUUGAGGAAUGGGCGGCCGAAAACUUAGAGAAGCACAAGAAGACCUUGGAUGUUUUCCUCGUGGAGAACCUGUCGUGCGAGGAAGUGCAGCACAACCUGUGCUUGCUGAUCUUGCUGAAUGGCUUCCAAAGUGACCCUAACAAACCGGGAGUUGAGAAGCUUACAAUGACCAGCAUUGUGAACCACUGGCUGUCUUCUCCAACCACUCAGUAUCGACUUCGCGAGGAUCUUGGCAUGGAUGAGACACAGUGUGGUUUGCUGGGUCCUUCACGGCUCUUUGCAGUGAAGGGCUGGAACAGGUGCCUUUCGCUGCUUGGUGUCCUGUACUGUGGCUUCACAACCCCGAGCCUGAUCGAGGCAUACGAAAGUGCAGCCCAGAUGGCCUCUGUCUAUUCAUUAGGAAAGCAGGAAUCCACGGCCGCAGUGGCACUCCUUCACAAGAUCCCCGGGCCCAUCAAAGCGGCCCUUACGGAGAUGGUUAGGCAGUAUACAAUGCCUCGAUUUAUCACUCACGAGGCCGAAGCCUUGCAAAGGAACUGCGGAGGCUUCCUGUGCUGCCUGGAUGUCUUCUUGAGCAAAGUGCCCAAGGACUUUGCGGACAAAGCUCUCGUAGAGAUCCACAAGUCGCUUUCAGCCCAGUUGCUUCAAACAACAUUGGAGCAAACCAAGCACACCUUUUCAUGUGACUUGAACAAGCUGAAGCAGUGGGUGGCCCGAUGGGAUACCUAUGCAUCUCAACAGGGUCUCCUCGACUACAAAUACAUCCAAGACCGUUUCGAAAAAGGGAAGCAGGUGUGCAAGACGCUGUUGGAUGACCUGCAAAAAACUGUUUGCUGUGGGAGCCUGCAGCUGGGGCACCCGACCAUCGUGGCCAGCCAAGCAGAGAUGGGGCCUGACACGUUGACUAUCAUGGUGCUUGAUGCGACAUUGUGGCCUUCACGCCAUUUGCUCAUUGACGAAGCAGUGCAGCUAUGCAGCGCUGUUGGAGAGUGGGGGCGAGCGUGCUGGAGUCUCCAGAAACAGCUGCUCAAUGAGGACGACAUGAUGGAGAGGAUCCCGGACCUGGUGCAAAAGAAGCUAGAGCAAAAUCCGGACUUCUUGAAGAAGUGUCAGGAAGAGAUUUUGGAUGACCCCAAGUUUACCCAGAGCCUCAAGACCUGGCACGCUGGGUCCAACCCUGCUCCAUCGAGUUCGACCACAACCGGGCCUGCUCCUCGCACCAUUGCCACGCCUGAAUGGGGCACGAGUGAUGGUCCCCGCAAUGUCCGAAAGCGGGCAAGUUUGGAUGAGGUGCCACUCAGCGACUUCGAGUCUGGAAAUGUGACCCUAGUCUACAGAUUUAUUGUCUUUGGUUCCUAUCGUGAUGGCAUGGGGAUCUGUGGCAUGGCGAACAUUGGUGGGAAGCCGGACUUGUUCAUUGUAUGGACGGAGUCCAACCAGCUUUGGAUCCUCAACAAGGGAGGCAGCGUGGGCAGUCUUUCUGCCCAGGAGCUCUUCGGAUUCAACACUGGUACAUUUGUAGAGCUUCCAUCAGGUGAGGGAGAGCUACGAACCAAUUCUAUUUCAUGGGUCCUUUCUCAGGACAGCGCGUUGAUCGUGAUGUCGGAUGACAAGUCCAUCACCUCCUUGGCAGACCUCAUUUGCAAAUUAGCUGGCGAGAGGGGCGUGGACGGUGCAGGGCUUCAAUCGCCUAUGGCAUACCGCUACACAGCCGCUAUGGUGGACGCGGCCUUGAAAAAGGUCAAGCCUGGAGGCAUGGCCGAAAGGCAGCCAGAUCCCUUGGAGCAAAUUGAUGCUGAUGAGGGAGGGAUGGAAGAUGGGGAGGAGGAGGCCUGUGAGGAAGAUGAGGUCUGUGAAGGUGGCCAUUUGUUCGCACUGGAAACCAACUAA